UCAAAUUAAUCAUCUGAAACAAAGUGCAAGCGGGUUGAGGUCACAAAUGGUGACGCAUUUUUAUCACCAAGACUCCAAAACGAUUUUACUCGCUAUAAUAGUACUUGUUUACCCUUCUACCCCGAUAUGUCACCCCAAAACGAUUCGUAUCUAAACAAAACGCCGUCGUCAAUGCCCUUCUCUCCGAUUUUGAUCCGCCGUUGUGGCUGGCAGGAAAUCCCACAACCAGGGGGCAGUACCUUUCUCGAACCCUAAACCCUAAAAAUCCCAACUCCUCCCAGCCGAAAUCCCCCUCUCCUCUCUCUCUCUCUCUCUCUCUCUCUCUCUCUCGCUCUCUCAAGUUGGCCAGCGAUGGAUAUGGUGACAAUGGAAGAGGUGUGCCAGCGACGGUGAUGCAGGAGAAGAAGAGAGCAUUGCGAGAGUCGUUGUUGCUUGAAUUGAAUCUGAUGUAGCAGCUCAGUACCAACAAACAGGCAAGUUUAUCUCAAACGCUCUGUCUCUGUCUCUGUGCUGUCUGCUUUCUGCUCUGCGCAAAUUAGGCAACCAUAAACAUGAAACCGCUCAACCCUCAGACCUUACCCUCCAAGGUCAGACCCAUUUUCCUCACAAACCACGCUCCCUCCUCCGCACCUUUCUCUUCACUCACUCAUCCAGAAAACCCCACAGACCCUCCACCAAUAACCCGCCGCUCUCUACUCAAAACCAUCCAAUCUUCUCAGUGGCAUUUCAUCAAACACCUUUCGCCCAACCUUUCCCCCUCUCUAAUUUCCGAGGCCCUCUUUGAACUCCAAAAAAGCCCUCAACUUGUCCUUGAAUUCAUCUCCAAUGUCGAAUUUCACCGCCUGGAUAUCCAAACCCGGUGCCUCGCCAUCGCCAUUGUCGCCCGCCAGUCUUCCCCACAACCCGCUUUUGAACUCUUGAAGCAAGUCGUUGGUAGUGGCAUUGCUACAAUCAGAGAGAUUUUCAAUCCACUGGCGCUCUCGCGGGAGCAUUUGAGUGUAAAUAGCAGCAUCAUUUUUGAUUUGUUGCUAAGGGCUUGUUGUGAAAUGAAGAAGGCCGACGAGGCUGUUGACUGCUUCUACUUGAUGGUAGAUAAAGGUUUUAUGCCUAAGACUGAGACGUGCAAUGACAUGCUGAGUUUGUUCUUGAAAUUGAACCAAACGGAGAGAGUGUGGGUUUUGUAUGCUGAGAUGUUUAGGUUGAAGAUAAAUUCGAGUGUUUGUACGUUUAACAUAAUGAUUAAUGUGUUGUGUAAAGAAGGGAAGCUGAAGAAGGCAAAGGAGUUUGUUGGGUUUAUGGAGAGUUCGGGCAUUAAGCCUAAUGUUGUAACUUACAAUACGGUAAUUCACGGGUUUUGUUCAAGAGGGAGAGUUGGAAGGGCUCAAAUGAUCUUUAGUGCUAUGAAAGGUAAAGGUGUUGAGCCGGAUUCCUACACUUAUGGUUCGCUUAUUAGCGGGAUGUGUAAGGAAAGAAGACUUCAGGAAGCAGUGGGGCUUUUCAAUAAAAUGCUGGAAAUUGGGCUACUUCCAAGUGCUGUGACUUACAACAUCUUGAUUGAUGGUUAUUGCAACGAAGGUGAUCUGGACAAGGCUUUCAGUUAUAGAGAUGAGAUGGUGAAGAAGGGUAUAAGACCGACUGUGUCAACUUACAAUUUGUUGAUUCAUGCAUUGUUUAUGGAAGGUAGGAUGGUUGAAGCUUAUGAGAUGGUUAAAGAAAUGGAAGAGAAGGGAGUGGUUUCUAAUGGAAUUACAUAUAACAUCCUAAUUAACGGCUAUUGCAGAAGUGGGAAUGCAAAGAAAGCCUUUAGCCUUCUUGAUGAAAUGUUGAGUAAAUCGAUAAAGCCUACUAAGGUAACUUAUACAUCACUUAUGUAUGUUUUGAGUAAAAACAAAAGAAUGAAGGAGGCAGAUGACUUGUUUAAGAAGAUAUUGACGAAGGGUGUUCUGCCGGAUCUUGUGAUGUUCAAUGCCUUGAUUGAUGGCCACUGUGCUAACGGUAACAUGGAGCGUGCAUUUGCACUUUUGGGGGAGAUGGAUAAGAUGAAGGUUCAUCCGGAUGAAGUGACUUACAAUACCCUAAUGCAAGGGCGUUGCAGGCAAGGGAAAGUUGAGGAAGCUCGUCAACUUCUGGACCAGAUGAAGAGAAGGGGGAUUAAACCUGAUCACAUUAGUUACAAUACCCUAAUUAGUGGUUAUAGUAAAAGAGGUGAUUUGAAGGAUGCCUUUAAAGUUCGGGAUGAGAUGUUGAGCAUAGGUUUCAAUCCUACCCUUCUAACUUACAAUGCCCUUAUACAAGGUCUAUCCAAAACCCAAGAAGGUGAUCUUGCUGAAGUACUCCUUAAAGAAAUGGUGAGCAGAGGGAUCAAACCUGAUGACAGCACAUAUUACUCUCUGAUUAAGGGGAUUGGGAAUGUUGAUGAAUUUGUCAGGAAGGGUGAUUCAUGAAUUCCCUCCAUGUUUUCUACUUUCAAAGAAAAAGGAGCGUCUUCUUACCAAAGUUCUAGUUUGAAAAUUUAUUUUAGUUACUACCUGAAGAUGAUCACUUUUGCAUACUCAGCUCAGAUAUCUAUCUUAUUCAAAAGUGUUCUUGUAGUUGAUUCAAAUUAAAUUGAGUGGGUUCACAAAGGAGGAGUUGUAAGAUUAUUUAACCUUGUGCA